GCGCAGCACACACAUCCACAGCACGAGAGAGACACCCAGAGCCGCAAUUCGCCAAGAAACCCCAACACAGGUUCGGCCUGCCUCGGCGGCGCAGGGGUUUCGUUCCCGUUCCUCCCAUCCCCACCGAGCGAUGAUGGACCCCGACCACGGCGGCGGCGCCGACGAGGCGGAGGCGGCCUUCUUCGCGCGCCGGAGCCGCCGCUGCUGCUGCUUCCCCUGCUGGCCCUCCACCUCCUCCUCCUCCUCCUCCACCCUCUCCCACCAGCGCAUCGGCGCCGCCGUGCCGGAGGAGGAGAGCUGGUGGCAGAGCGGCGUGGACGCGCUGCUCAAGGUGCGCGAGUGGUCGGAGCUGGCGGCGGGCCCGCGCUGGAAGACCUUCAUCCGCCGCUUCGGCCGCAGCAACGGCGGCGGCCCGCGCCCGCACGGCAACUUCGGCCGCAAGCUCAACUACGACGCGCUCAGCUACGCGCUCAACUUCGACGAGGGCCCCGGCGCCACCCCCGAGCCCGGCGACCACGCCGCCUUCCGCGACUUCUCCUCCCGCUUCGCCGCCCCGCCCGCCUCCGCCAAGUCCUCCAUGGACCUCGGCGGCCGCGACGCGCCAACGCUCUUCGCCUCGCCGCCCAACGCCGACGGGGCCGACCGCCGCAGCUGA